CAAAGCCACUGUACAAAGCGAUCUCUGCAACUUAUGCGAUCUCUGCAACGUGUACAAUUGUGGAUUCAACGACUAGCAAUGUUCCAACCAACGAGGUCUACAAUUGCUGUGAUUGGUACAACAGGUGUUGGCAAGUCUCAACUAGGCAUUGAACUUUCGAAGGCCCUUCAUGGCGAAGUGAUCAAUGCUGAUUCCAUGCAGGUAUACAAGGGGCUGGACAUCAUUACCAACAAGGUGACCGAAAGCGAACGUGAAAAUGUACCACAUCACUUGAUGGAUUUUUUAGAACCCGAAGACGAAUACCUUGUCACUCAGUUUGUCAAGGACGCCUCAGAUAAGAUUGAAGAAAUCUCAGAGCGCAAAUCCUUGCCUGUGCUGGUUGGCGGCACCAACUACUAUGUGCAAUCAUUGUUGUGGCCCAUGUCCUUGAUCUCUACAGCAACCGACGGAUCUUCAUCAUCAGACGAACAGGAAGAAGAGGAUGGCAUAUCCUCUAUGGAUACACAGGCUUUGUAUAAAGAAUUGCAAAAAGUGGAUCCCAUUAUGGCAGCAAAGUGGCAUCCAAGCGACCGCCGAAAAAUAGCAAAAAGCUUAAAAGUUUAUAGAGAUAUGGGACGACCUCAAAGCGAGAUUAUAAAGGAACAGCAGCAACGGGCUAAGACAGACGUGAACUUGAGAUACAACACUAUCAUAUUUUGGCUUUAUACCGAUCCUGUAACGCUUAACAGAAGAUUAGAUGAUCGUGUUAUGAAAAUGAUCGAGCUUGGCCUUUUCGACGAGCUGUCAUCUUUACGAAAAAGAGUACAGGAAGGGACAUUAGAUAUGCCUGGUAAAGAUUUGGAGAAGUAUCAACGUGGAAUUUGGCAGGCAAUUGGUUACAAGGAAUUCGAUGAGUACCUUACGGCGGUUGAAAAUGGCAAUCUUGAGGAUAAUGAAUUGCAAGCUUUGAAAAAAGAGUCUAUUGAAAGGAUGAAAGCGGCUACUAGGCGAUAUGCAAAACGUCAAGUACAGUGGAUAAGGAACAAGCUACUACCCACUAUCUGGAAUACUCAAGAUACGCUUGCCAAUAUAAAAUCUUCUAUACUUUCGAUAACGCCGUCACAAUCGGUUCAGCUGUACUUAUUGGAUGCAACCGAUCUUAGCCGGUGGGACGAGAAUGUGAAAAAUACAGCAGUUAGAAUUGCACAGGACUUUGUAAACGAUAGAAAUAUGCCCGACCCAACCACCUUGAAUGAAUUUUCAUCCGAAUUACUAACCAGAGGAGGAGAUGCAGAUCCACGGCAGAAACUUUUAAGCUGGAAGAAACAUACUUGCGAAGUCUGUACCAAUCAAUCUGCAAAUCCUGUCGUGUUAAACGGAGACUUGGAAUGGAAACAGCACAUGUCUAGUAGACUACAUAGAAGAAACACAAAGAGAGAAAAGAUGAUGAAGAAGAAAGUGGAUCAUCCCGAAUAACUGUAAAAUAGAUGGAUAGACCUUGCUUAACCAAUGUAUAUUACAACUUUUAGCUACAAUCAUCCGAAUGUCAUAAUAUUGAGACUUAAAACCGGUCCUAUAGAUAUUUUGAAACUAGAAAAGCUCUAA